CCUAUGUCUCUCCGUAUCUUCACCCGCCCCUUCUCCCUCUCCCUAUCCGCAACAAUGAAGGUCGUCCCCGUCCCCGUCCGCGACGACAACUACGCCUACCUCCUCGUCGACGAACACACUAACAAAGCCGCUGCCGUCGACCCCUACGACGUUCCAAAGGUCCAGAAGGCAGCAGAUGCCUUGGGCGUCAAGGUCAUCGCGGGUAUCACCACCCAUCAUCACUUUGAUCACAGCGGAGGAAACGAGAAAUUCGCUUCAGCCUACCCCGGUGUUCCCAUCUACGGCGGAAGCCAGAAAGUCCCUGCUCUCACUGAACUCGUCAAGGACAAGGACGAGUUCACUAUUGGGGACAGCAUCCACGUCAGGUGUCUAGCCACCCCUUGCCACACCCAAGACUCUAUAUGUUAUUACGUCACUGACACCUCAAACAAGUCUCAGCCUGGUGGGGUUUUCACAGGAGAUACCCUCUUCCAAGGUGGCUGUGGUCGUUUCUUCGAAGGCGUCGGCUCAGAGAUGCAUGCCGCUCUCUCCUACCUCGGCACCCUCCCCAACGAAACCGUAGUUUACAACGGCCACGAAUACACAGGCGGAAGUGUCGCCUUCGCCAAAUCCGUCGACCCAGACAACGAGGCCAUCGCCAGACUCGUCACCCUCGCGAAAGAGAACAAGAGCACCACCGGUUUGACCACCAUCGGCGAUGAGAAGGAAUGGAAUGUGUUCAUGCGUCUCGGAAGCGAUGCUGUCAAGAAAGCGACCGGUGCUUCAUCCGAAAGCGCCAUCAUGGAUGCGCUCCGCGAGCUGAAGAACAAUUUCAGGGGACCUUCUCGAUUAUAGCUUGUCAGAGAAAACGGACGUUCGAGAGCGUAGUAAACAUCUGUUGCUCGAUUUCAUCGCCGCAUUUCCUUAUGUAUAUCAUUAAGCAUAUGUAAAAAUCCAAAUGUACUUCAUGACACCCUCGUUGUCUCGUAAUGGACCCAGUAAAAGCAGCAAAUAGUGAACAAAGAAGUCGAACCGUGAACGCACGUACGAGACCCCCUAACUCAUCCCUACAAGUUUCAAUACGGCAGAUCGAGCAUACGGGACGUAUGAUAGCGAGUACCAGGUAUAGGCGAGGUACUCGACAACUACGAAUAUGAUGCAGAGAAUUUCGCUCCCGAUCACGAAUGCUCCAACAAAUACAAGGCCUAUAGAGGCUAGAAAGACGACUGUAGCUACCAACCGCACAGGUUUGAACAUCAUCUUGAUUUGAUUCGAAAAGCCGAUCAAAAAUCCUGUACCAACGAGAGAGAUAACAAUGCCCAUAGUAUAUAACACUGCAAAGCUGGCUAGCUGGCCUAGGAAUAGUAAGCAGCUACCGAGUAUACUGAGAAUAAAGCCAACGACGAGACAUCCAACAAAACCAUAAAGCCUCUGCGUGCGCGUGAGUCCAAGAAACUUGAAAGCGGAUUCGCCCUCAAAGAAUUGCGUCUCAGGUAUCAUGCCCCCCGCCGACUCGAGGUUGAACCAUCCUUUUGAGGCCAUGUCUUUAGUAUCGCUAUGUGGAAGGGAUAUGUGUCGUGAAAGGGUUGGUUAUCGUUAGGUUGUAUAUGUCGUUGCGGUAUGUGUGAAGGGCGGGUGCUAGCGUAGUUUUUGCUGUACCAGCAGCCUGUGUGACGAGUGCUUUCCAAGCUGAA